AACAGAAACAAUUGUCAUUUUCUGUAAAUUCGAACAUGCUUUCCACCCUCCACUCCACCAAAAUGCCCCAAUAUCAGCACAAAUAACGAAAAAGAAAAGGAGAAAAAAACACCCAUAAUAUCCGUUACCCAAAUCAGUCAACAGUUGAGCGUUUCAACCGAUCAUAAAUUCAUGAUCAAGAACCAAAGACACAAGUAAAUCACGUUACUUAGUACUACUAAUAUCACUUCAGUGGAAUACCUCGUCAUAUUCCAAAUUAUCCCAGUUACUUUCGUCUUUAGGUCACCAAAAUCUUUUACCUCGCUUUCUUAAUCAUCUCCCAGAAACACCAAAUUUUUUCAUGCAUUUAUAUCAAAUAAUAUAUACUUCUAACUCUAAGUUCUAACAACAACAACAACAAAAAAUGAUGUACACAAAAUCAGAAUCUGAUAUCACUAGCUUAGCUACAUCAUCACCAAGAUUAUCACCCAAGCCACCUAGGCCAGUCUACUACGUCCAAAGCCCUUCACGCGACUCUCAUGAGGAAGACAAGUCAUCGACGUCGGCCUCAGCAACCGCGACACAGGCAACGAACACCCCGGUAGGAUUCAGGAGCCCGUAUGAUUCGAUAUCGUUACUAUCUCUCUUCAGCCGUCAGACAAGGUCAUCGGUUACGAGUCGAGUUAGCGAGCCUCAAGGGUACCGGAGGAAGAGGAGAGAGAGGGAGAGGAUACGGUUAUUGGGAGAGCGGCACCACGCCGCGGCAGAGGAGGAGAAGAGAGAGAGGGAGGUUUAUGUGAAAUGGUGGAGAGAUGAGGAGGAGGAGGAGUUGUCUAAGAGUUGUAAGGUUUUGAUGGGGAUGAUGGUUUUAGGGUUGGUUUUUAUGGUUGGGUGUUUUAUUGUUUGGGGUGCUAGUAGGCCUUUUAGUGCUCAAGUUUUCCUCAAGGAUGUGACUAUACAUAGUUUCUAUUUUGGGGAGGGAUCAGACUUAACAGGAGUACCAAGCAAGAUAUUGACAAUAAAUUGUUCACUUAGAAUGAGAGUGCACAAUCCUGCUACUUUCUUCGGCAUUCAUGUUAGCUGCUCAACUAUCCACCUUCGUUAUUAUGAUCUCACUAUUGCUUCUGGUCAGUUGGAGUCAUACUACCAACCCAGGAAAAGCUGGCGAACAGUACGUAUAAACAUCGAGGGGAAGAAGGUGCCUUUGUAUGGGGCCGGUGAUGGCUUUGUGGUCUCGAAUAAGGCAGAAGGUGUUCCCUUGAUAUUGGAUUUCGAAAUGAGAUCACAUGGUGAAGUCGUGGGUAAGUUGGUGAAGACGAAGCAUCGACGACAUGUAAGAUGUUCUCUAAACAUCAGCUCAUAUAGCAUCCAGAUUGUUAAACUUACAGAAGACUCUUGUAUAUAGUGCUGAAUUUGAGAGAUACAAAGGGUUGAAGAAAGUCUGUUAUACAAUACCAUUAAGUGUAGAUGAUUUUAUUAUGAAUGA